AUGUUCCGUACGGUGCAAAGCUUCCAAGAAGUGAAAAAUGCAGAAUAUUUGAGUGAUAUUUAUGAAAAGGCUCAAAAUAAUGGAUGCUACUAUUGGGUCAUGGUUUCCCUUGCUUAUAUUACUAUCAAGUCGCUGAUUUUUGGGAUUUUACAACUGAACAGUAAAAUCCAUGCGAUCAUUGUAUUUGCAGUGAAAUUAAUUUAUUUGAUUGCUCUCUGUGAUCUCAGACCAUAUAUGGAUAAAAGAACAAAUGCUUUCAAUAUCUUGAUCCAUGCGUUUAAUCUCAUAAAUUCGAUUUUCUUUUUGAUUUUCUCUGAACUUUUCGGAGUCAAAGCAGCAGUGAUUUUCAUUUCUGGGAUGGUGCUUUUUGUGGUCAACGCGCAUUGUGCGACCUGUAUCAAUGAUUUAUCAGAACCAUGGAUCCAAUAUUUGGAUUUCCUUUCCUCAGAAUCUCUGAUCACCAAGAAAAAAAAACAAUAUCUUGAUGACGAGGAGGAUUCAGCAGUAGUUACUAACAUAGACCAAAUUGGAACAUGCAUGGUAUUAUCACAAACCCCUAUUGGAAUUUUAAGUGACAGUAUCACUUACAUUUUCAUUCGAAUCUUGGACUUGAAAAUCAUUAAUGAUAAGAUCCACUUAAGGUUGGAGUAUACAUGUACCAAGUCAUCCAAUACCCUUAAUACAGGAGGUUCUAUGUCAUCCUUCUCAACACUUUUGGCUUUGUCAGAUUAG